AUGAUCAUCCCUCGCGAGCGACGCCUUGUUCGUUUCUAUGUUGAGCUGAGCAGAAGGCCAGACGAGGACGAGAAGUAUGGAGCGGAAGACAUACUUGGCAAAAUCGUUGAGAUUUUGAAGCCAUAUCAUUUCUCAACGCAAAUUGUGGAAUGGGAAAGUACCUACUCAGUCGGACGGAGACUUUGCAUGGGCUUGUCCACCCGUGAUAUUGUCUUUCUAGUAGGCGAUGCUAUUCAUACUCACUCCCCAAAAGCUGGGCAAGGGAUGAAUACAAGCAUGCAAGACGCAUUUAAUCUCGGAUGGAAGCUGGCUUACGUGGUGCGAGGGGUGGCUUCUUCGAAGAUUCUUCACACCUACCACCAAGAGCGGGCACCAAUUGCUGAGCGAUUACUCAAAUUUGAUGAAGAGAUAUACAAUGCUGUUUCGGACAAGUGCCACGGGAAUGAUGCAAGCGGACUUCUGGGCACAUUGGCAAAGGAGAAUACAUCCGCUUCUGGGCUGAGUGUCGAGUAUGGACGCAACCUCCUCGUUAGCGACGCACCACGCCUAAACUCGGCCUUUCUAAAGCUUGGAUCAAGACUGCCAGAUUUAGAUGUCCUUAAUCACAGUGAUGGACAUACCUGGCGUGUGCAUUCACUCCUGAACAUCUCAGGUCAGUGGAGUUUGUUGAUUUUUGGAGCUGACCUGACCGAUCAAGGUCAAAUGCAGCAUCUCCAGACAUUGGCGACGAAGCUAUCUGCGCAGGAUUCCACCUUACAGCGAAUUAGUCGACGCGGCAAGCAGUUGGGCUUCGGUGGCAUUAGGCCUUAUUUGAUGUACUCCAAAUUACAGGACGGGGUACAUUUACACAAAACUUCGAGUCUUUUUUUCCCAAACGAAGGCGCGCUUGGCUUUGCGUAUGACAGGAUAUUCGCUGAUCCUGCUGAUGCUACGGUAUUAAAGCAGGGGGGAGUGAAUCUUCACCAAAUGUUGGGUAUAUCUCGAACAGGCGGUAUGAUCCUCAUCCGACCGGAUCAUCACAUAGCCUUUGGCGGUACACUGGACGAGGAUGUAGCUCUUGACGACUUCCUCUUAAAGUUUUGUCUCCUUGAGUGA